AUGGUCAUCUCUUCAUCACAACGCAUUCCGGGACCAAACGAAGCCCUGACGAUCCAAGAACGAAGAGAAGCAAAGCCGGCUCCUAGGAUCUUCAACAUCGCUGAACCGCCUUUCAAGGGCUUCCACCCCCCGCAACCAGAUGGCUAUGAGCAGAGCAGACACGCUCCCGAGACAAGUGCAAUUGUAAUAGACAACGGUUCACAUACGGUCAAAGCAGGCUGGUCCUUCGACAAUUCUCCGCGACUGGUGAUCCCGCCUGUCGCCUCCAAGUACCGCGAUCGCAAGCUAAACCGGGCGUGCCAGUUUGUUGGAUACGAUGCCUACGCUGAUGCGACUACGAGAGGCCAGAUGCGGAAUGCGUUCGACGCCGGGACGGGCGUGAUAAGCAACUGGGACGUGGUUGAGAGUUUGUUGGAUUACAUCUUCAUCAAGCUCGGAGUGGACGGCGCAAACGGUGCAGUCGACCGCCCUCUCGUGCUUACGGAGACGAUAGCCAACCUGGGAUAUUCUAGGAAGAUGAUGAACGAGAUACUGUUUGAGUGCUAUUCUACACCAUCAGUCGCAUAUGGGAUUGAUUCGCUCUUCUCAUACAAGUAUAACAAUGGAACAGACGGGUUGGUGAUCUCGUCUUCACAUUCAUCUACACAUGUCAUCCCGGUGCUUGGAUCAAAAGCACUACUGUUCAAUUCGGCCCGUCUCAACUGGGGCGGCCAUCAGAGCUCCGACUACCUGAUGAAGCUGCUUAAGCUUAAAUACCCAACAUUCCCGUCUAAGAUGACGGAUAGUCAGGUAGAAGACAUGGUACGGCAGCACUGCUAUGUCUCUCUGGACUACGACAACGAGCUAUCCAGAUACCUAGACUGGACCGGGUUGGAGGAACGUAACCAUGUUAUCCAAUACCCAUUUACGGAACACGUCGUGGUUGAGAAGACGGAGGAGGAGCUGGCCCGGAUCGCAGAGAGGAAGAAAGAGAGCGGACGACGGCUUCAGGAGCAAGCGGCCAAGAUGCGGCUCGAGAAGCUGGUGAAAAAGGAGCAGCAGCUAGAGUACUACAAGGGGAUCCAGGCUCGGUUUGCCAAUGAGACGAAGAAGGAGAUCCGACGGCUGUUGGAUGCAGAAGACUUGAAGGACGAAGCAGCAUUAGAACGGACGAUUCGCGAGCUGGAGAAAUCCGUGAAGAAGUCACGCAACAAGGAUCUGGGCAACGAGGAGAAUGACGAGGCGAUGGAAGAAGCGUCGUUCCCGUUGCUAGACGUGCCAGACGAAGAGCUGGACGAGGCCGGACUGAAGGAGAAACGACACCAGAGACUGAUGAAGUCGAAUGUGGAAGCGCGGCAGCGUGCAAAGGCAGAGAAGGAGAGGGAGAAGGCCAGGAUAGCAGAGGAGCAGCGGCUUGAUGAUGAGAAGCGAGAGAAUGAAUUUGACACCUGGAUCGAAGAACGCAGACAAGCUCGUGAGACGAUACUGCGCAAGAUCAAGCAGCGAGACCGACUAAAAGCCGAUGCAGGCAACCGCAAGUCACUCGCGAGCCAGAUCCGAAUGCGCACGCUGGCCAACCUUGCCUCCGACGGGCCCAAGAAGCGCCGUCGCGGCGGUGAUGACGACACCUUUGGCGCCAACGACGACGACUGGGGCGUCUACCGCACCGUCGCCACGGGGGACGCAAGCGACGAGGAAGAGGAAGAAGACGUCGACGGCAUGCUGAAAGCAGUCGAGGCGCAGCUACUUCAAUACGACCCUGAAUUCACGGAGAACCAUACGCUCGAGGCGCAGACAGACUGGACGAAGAGCAUGAUACAUAUGUUCCUUCGAGGGCCGUGGCCGUUUGAUGCCGAGAGCCAGCGUGAAGCGCACCAGCUUCACUUGAACGUGGAGCGUAUACGGGUUCCCGAGGUGAUUUUCCAGCCGUCAAUAGCGGGUAUUGAUCAGGCUGGCCUUGUCGAGAUAGCAGCGGACGUGAUAUUGCAGCGGUUCCCUGCCGUAGAGGACCAGCAGCGGUUGCUGAGAGAUGUGUUUCUGACGGGCGGGAACACGCUGUUUGAAGGGUUCGAGGAGCGGUUCCGAAGGGAGUAUAGGGGUGUGUUGCCUACGGGGGUGGAGUGUAGGGUGAGAAGGGCCGGGGACGGGGUGCUUGAUGCGUGGAAAGGGGCAGCGAGUUGGGCGGGCAGCGGCGAGCUGAGGACUGCGUCUGUCUCGAGACAGGAGUACUUGGAGAAAGGAGGUGAAUAUCUCAAGUUGAGUAGGAGCAUAGCUUGGGCAACGCUGUAUGAUGUCAAACAUCAGAGCGCCAGCCAACCAGUCAGACAAGACAGAGACAGAGAUAUGGAUAGAUAG